CGAUCCCCAAUCUUCAGAUCUCUUCUAAUCCCAUCCCCCUCUACCACUUCUCUUUACCAAAAAAAAAUCGAUCAAAAUUCUCUGGUACUUUACUCUCUUCAAAACCCUUUUUCUCAUCGGAGAAGAACAAGAUGAGUAACCAAGCUGAAUCUUCAGACUCGAAAGGAACAAAGAGAGAUUUUAGUACAGCUAUAUUGGAACGUAAGAAAGCUGCAAAUCGUCUUGUUGUCGAUGAAGCGAUUAACGAUGAUAACUCUGUUGUGUCUAUGAACCCUGAGACCAUGGAAAAGUUACAGCUCUUCCGUGGUGAUACCAUCCUUAUCAAGGGAAAGAAAAGGAAGGACACCAUCUGCAUUGCUCUUGCUGAUGACACAUGUGAUGAGCCAAAGAUCAGGAUGAAUAAAGUUGUAAGGUCAAACUUGAGGGUCAGACUUGGUGAUGUUGUUUCUGUGCACCAAUGCCCUGAUGUCAAAUAUGGGAAGCGUGUUCACAUUCUUCCUGUUGAUGAUACCAUUGAAGGUGUCACUGGGAGUUUGUUUGAUGCUUAUCUUAAACCUUACUUCUUGGAAGCUUAUCGUCCAGUAAGGAAAGGCGAUCUGUUUCUUGUAAGAGGUGGAAUGAGGAGUGUAGAGUUUAAAGUCAUCGAGACUGACCCAUCAGAGUACUGUGUUGUUGCCCCAGAUACUGAAAUCUUUUGUGAGGGAGAGCCUGUUAGAAGGGAGGAUGAAGAUAGGUUGGAUGAAGUAGGUUAUGAUGAUGUUGGUGGAGUCCGAAAGCAGAUGGCUCAGAUCCGUGAGUUGGUGGAAUUGCCUCUUAGACAUCCACAGCUCUUUAAAUCAAUUGGUGUGAAGCCACCAAAAGGAAUUUUACUUUAUGGACCUCCAGGUUCCGGGAAGACACUGAUUGCCCGUGCUGUUGCCAAUGAAACUGGUGCCUUUUUCUUCUGCAUUAACGGGCCAGAAAUUAUGUCUAAAUUAGCAGGAGAGAGUGAAAGCAAUCUUCGUAAGGCAUUCGAGGAAGCUGAGAAGAAUGCACCAUCUAUUAUUUUUAUUGAUGAGAUCGACUCCAUUGCUCCUAAAAGAGAGAAGACAAAUGGUGAAGUUGAGAGGAGAAUUGUUUCCCAGCUCUUGACUCUUAUGGAUGGUCUGAAAUCUCGUGCACAUGUUAUUGUUAUGGGGGCCACAAACAGACCAAACAGCAUUGACCCAGCUCUUAGGAGGUUUGGUAGGUUUGACAGGGAAAUUGACAUUGGUGUUCCAGAUGAGAUUGGACGUCUCGAGGUCCUUCGUAUCCAUACUAAGAACAUGAAGCUCUCGGAAGAUGUUGAUUUGGAAAGGAUUUCAAAAGAUACUCAUGGUUAUGUCGGUGCUGAUCUUGCUGCUCUCUGUACCGAAGCUGCACUACAGUGCAUCAGAGAAAAGAUGGAUGUGAUAGACUUGGAAGAUGAAGAGAUAGAUGCCGAGAUACUUAACUCAAUGGCUGUUACAGAUGAGCACUUCAAGACUGCUCUUGGAACAAGCAACCCCUCUGCUCUGCGUGAAACAGUUGUUGAAGUGCCUAAUGUCAGCUGGCAAGACAUUGGAGGUCUUGACAAUGUCAAGAGAGAGCUUCAAGAGACGGUUCAAUAUCCAGUGGAGCAUCCUGAGAAAUUUGAGAAGUUUGGUAUGUCUCCUUCUAAAGGAGUUCUGUUCUAUGGCCCUCCUGGAUGUGGGAAAACCUUAUUGGCUAAAGCAAUUGCCAAUGAAUGCCAAGCUAACUUUAUCAGUAUCAAGGGUCCGGAGCUUCUCACCAUGUGGUUUGGGGAGAGUGAGGCCAAUGUUAGAGAAAUUUUUGACAAGGCCAGAGGGUCAGCACCUUGUGUUCUCUUCUUUGAUGAACUUGAUUCCAUUGCCACCCAGAGAGGAAGCAGUGUCGGAGAUGCAGGUGGUGCUGCUGAUAGGGUACUUAACCAGCUUUUGACUGAAAUGGAUGGGAUGUCAGCAAAAAAGACCGUCUUCAUCAUUGGUGCUACCAACAGGCCUGAUAUCAUUGAUCCCGCACUUCUGAGGCCAGGACGUCUUGAUCAGUUGAUCUAUAUUCCAUUGCCUGAUGAAGCCUCUCGUUUCCAGAUCUUCAAGGCCUGCCUAAGGAAAUCACCUAUUGCUAAGGAUGUUGACCUUUCAGCCCUUGCCAAGUACACUCAAGGAUUUAGUGGAGCAGAUAUUACUGAGAUAUGCCAGAGAGCUUGCAAGUAUGCUAUUAGAGAGAACAUUGAGAAAGAUAUAGAAAAGGAAAGGAGAAGAAGUGAGAAUCCCGAGGCAAUGGAAGAGGAUGUUGAUGAUGAAGUGGCAGAGAUCAAGGCUGCACAUUUUGAGGAGUCGAUGAAAUAUGCACGCAGAAGUGUGAGUGAUGCUGACAUUCGCAAGUAUCAGGCCUUCGCUCAGACUUUACAGCAGUCCAGGGGUUUCGGAUCUGAGUUCCGAUUUGCUGAUGCAUCAGGAGCAGCAACAGGGACCACUACCUCAGGUGCUGCUGAUCCUUUUGCAGCUUCUGCUGGUGCCGACGAUGAAGACGACUUGUACAGUUAGUUCUUCUAGGAUGGCACUGUUAAGUUUUAUUUCUCCAUGUUAACAUUGUGUAUUCGUUGCUAUCCCUGGAUGGAGGGGGAUUGGUAUGACGAUAAUUCCUGUUUGGGCUGUUUGGGAAUGUUAAUCCAGAUCAGUGGUUUCUUCCCUUCUGAUGGUUGGUCGUCUACUGGCUUCACCUGGUUAAGUUUUAUUGCUUAUUUAUGUAAGAACUCUGGAGGAUUCUUCUUUAAAACCUUUGAAGUCCGUUUCCCUUUGUUUAAGAAGUAUAUGAUCUGGUUAAUCAUAACUUGUUUCUAUAGCUUUGACAGCUUUAUUUCUAAAUAUAGUUAAUGGUUUAAAUG